AUGAAAACCAAAAAGAAAACGGCGGAGCCUGGCGAAUGGAGCAAAGAAGCUGCGGAGUCCAAGGCAUGCAUAGAAGACGCCAACGAAAAGAAGGAAAGUAGACACCCGAGCGGAGACUACACAUGCAGUAUAUGCUAUUCACGGCCAGAAGGCCCCGUGAUAACGCCAUGCGGGCAUCUGUUCUGCUGGGGGUGUCUAUAUGCAUGGUCACAGUCGACGGGAGGAUGCAAGUUCUGCCCUACAUGUAGAAGUAGGAUGGAGAUUGAGGAGGUCAUAUCUGUGCUGGCUGUGGACUCGAAGAAAGAAAGCAGAGGGCUUCCUCCAAGGCCUGCAAACAACAGAAAGCUUGUGAAGGUGAUAACGCCAGGGAUAAAAGUCAGCGGCACAAGAUUUGGAAACUGCCUUUUACAAGAGGAAGAAGCAAAUGUAUUUUCAUACAGAACAGCAAUAGGCUUAUUCACGCUUAUGUGCUUACUUAUCUCCAUAACCCUGAGGUCAUAUAGCUUUGAGGCUUAA